UUAGUGUGCCCUUGUAGUUGAGGAUAAGCUUUAGACUGUGUUUAUUAUAGAAAUUCAAAACAUGUCUGUCUAGUGCGUGAGCUGCCACACGCGGUUGUGUGGUGUGCCACAUGCUAACUGGUUUGCUAGCAGGCUGAUACGGACUAAGUGUUGGUCUACAUGUAGCUUCGCACUGAGUAAAUGUUGCAGUUCUAAUACAUUUGUAGGCGACCACCUGUAUAGCCGUUAAACAUGCAAAACGACGCUGGUGAAUUCGUGGACCUCUACGUUCCACGCAAAUGCUCUGCUAGCAACAGAAUCAUUGGAGCCAAGGACCAUGCCUCCGUCCAGAUCAACUUUGCUGAGGUCGACAAGGCAACCGGUCGCUUCAACGGUCAGUUCAAGACCUAUGCUAUCUGUGGCGCCAUCCGCAGAAUGGGUGAGUCCGACGACUCCAUCCUGAGAUUGGCAAAGAACGAUGCCAUUGUUGCAAAGGUGAGAGUGCCCCCAUCCUUAGGGCAGAGUAAGAAAAUGAUGUGAAUCAGAUGCUGUGGCACAGUCAUCAGAUCUCUACCCAGGUGAACACCUAUGGGAGAUGUUGGAGCAACAUGUUAGACAGCAUUUUCACCACCACCACCAUCAUCUAAACACCACAUGAGGGAACAUCUGUUAUAAAGAUGGUGUCCAUCCCUCCGGUAGAGCUCAAGAGACUUGGAGAGUCAGUGCCAAGGUGCUGAAGCUGUUCUGGUGCCACAUGGAGGCCUGGCACCUGACUGAGACACUUCCUGUUGGGUUGUCCUUUCAUUUGUCACACGCCUGUAUGUGCACAUGUGAUAGAGUUCACUUUAUCACUGCCCCACACACACCACUUGUCAUUCAGUUGUGUGUUAGAUCAACUUCAACGUUUUGGCAAAGUGUGGAAUAUUUCUAUUUUUAUACAAAAUAUAAAGCAUGCAUGAGCAAGUACAAAGAUAAAUAGUAAUGAUGGAUAAAAUGGUUUUCUC